GUUUGUGUUACAUAGCUCUGUUUUUUCAUUUUCUCAAGGAUCUUAAUCUCUCCUUAAAUCUCACUGUCUUCAGCCAGCAACCUGGGACUUAAACAAAAUACCUCCUUAGUCUUCUGUCAAAGAAAUUGUCAGCAUCUCACAUGUUGACAACCAAGCUCCCCCCCCUGCGGUGGUGUCUGUUACUGGUCUCCAGGCAUGCCAGCCACCUUGCCAGACAGCAGUAUGAUGUCAUCGUUGUGGGUGGGGGACACGCAGGGACCGAGGCAGCAGCGGCUGCAGCUAGAGUUGGAGCCGAGACUCUGCUGGUCACACAGAAAAUACAAACUAUUGGCGCCCUGUCCUGUAACCCGUCUCUGGGAGGAGUCGGGAAGGGCCAGCUUGUGAAGGAGGUGGAUGCUCUAGAUGGACUGUGUGGUCGAGCAGGAGACUGGGCUGGGAUUCAUUUUUCCAUCCUGAAUCGUAGAAAAGGUCCCGCUGUGUGGGGCCCGAGGGCUCAGCUGGAUCGCCAGCGCUACCGCCAGUUCAUUCAGUCUGAGCUGCUGUCCACUCCCAGGCUGACGGUGUUGGAGGGCUCAGUGGAGGAGCUGCUGAUAACAGAGCCGGACCCGGAGAAACCUGGACACCACAGGGUCACUGGAAUACGUUUGGCAAACGGAAGCCACCCGAUCUCUGCCAGCUCUGUGGUUCUCACCACUGGUACUUUCCUGUCAGGCUCCCUCUUCAUGGGCCAGACCACUUCCCCUGGGGGUCGGAUAGGAGAUGCUCCGUCAAGUGCUGGGAUAUCCCACACGCUGAGGGAGAGGUUGGGGUUGAGGAUUGGCAGACUCAGGACCGGUACCCCUCCCAGGAUUGUGAAGGACUCAGUAGAUUUUUCCCAGGCUCAGCUUCACCUCCCUGACAGUCAGCCGACCCCGUUCAGCUUCCUUAACACCCACACACGCUGCAAGCCUGAGGAGCAACUGCCAUGCCACCUAACCUUAACUACUGAAGGUGUAGAGAGAGUGGUGAAGGAAAGUCUUCAUCUCAACUGUCACAUACAGGAAGACGCCAAGGGUCCCAGAUACUGCCCCUCCAUUGAGUCACGAGUGCUACGCUUUCCAGGCCGAAGGCACCAGGUGUGGCUGGAGCCUGAGGGGAUGAACUCUGACCUUGUGUACCCACAGGGUCUGUCCAUGACAAUGCCCCCUGAUAUACAGCUCCAGCUCAUCAGAGAAAUCCCUGCUUUGCACCAAGCUGAGAUCCACACACCUGGUUAUGGUGUGCAGUACGACUUUGUGUGUCCCACUCAGCUGAGUCCUGCCCUGCAGGUGAAAAGUGCUCAGGGUCUCUUUCUGGCCGGGCAAAUCAACGGAACUACAGGAUACGAGGAGGCGGCUGCACAGGGUUUGUGGGCGGGGGUCAACGCUGCUCGCUGGGCACUCCACAUGCCUUCAGUGGUGCUGUCUCGGACAGAAAGCUAUAUUGGGGUUCUCAUUGAUGAUCUGGUGAGUCGAGGCGUUACAGAGCCCUACCGUAUGUUCACCAGUCGAGCUGAGUUCCGCACGUCUCUAAGGCCGGACAAUGCUGACCUCCGCCUCACACUGAAAGGGUUUGAGGAGGUGGGAUGUGUGUCCUCUCUGCGCUACCAGGAGGCAGUGAGAGUGAGGGACACUCUCCAUGAAGGACUGGCAGCUCUUCAGGCUCUCAUUCUGUCCACCCCAACCUGGAGGAAAAAGUUGCCCGACAUGGGUAUGAGCGAGGCAAAGAGCGCCACUCUGAGUGGGAUGGAUGUGCUACAGUACAAAGAUAUGUCCUUUGAAACGUUGGCAUCUGUCUUCCCAGAAAACCUUUCACGUUACAUGGAAUUCUCACAAAGACUCAAGAUCGAAGCUGUUUACAGACCUCACUGUGAUCGGCAGAAGAAAGAGAUUGAGAGAAUUCAGAAGGAGGAAAACAUGUCUCUCCCACAGGACAUAGACUAUUUAUCUCUGCCGGUGUCUCUGUCUCAGGAAGUCAGAGAGAUUUUGGACAGAGUUCGACCCAGCACUCUGGGUGCUGCUGCACGUUUGCAAGGAAUGACUCCUGCUGCAAUAGUUCACCUCCUCAACUAUGUGCACCACUCAGGGCAAAAGGACAGAACGCACAGUAACCAAAAGGAGGAGACAGAAGAGGAGUUAUGUGCACAACACGUAUCGUUACCUCAGUGAAAUGAUGACUAUAUAUAUAACUAUGUAUAAUGUC